AUGGCGGAUACGAGGGAGGAUAUGUGGGAGCGCUACGUGGUAGUGAGCCAUCUGCUGAUGGCGUGCUCCAUAGGCCACGCAUCGCUCCAAACGAGCGGGUUCUACGAGAUCGUGAUGUACUACGUGAACAACAAGACUUGCCUGGCCAUCCUGUACAACUAUGUGUUCAUGAUGUUCACGUUUUUUUGCCACCUGCCGGUGUAUGCGUUCCUUGGCCACCUGACGGCGCUGGAGUACGAGCAGCUGCAUGAGACGGCGCGCAACUACCUGAUGGAUGCGGUGCUCUUCCUGCUGCUGUCCAAGCCGCGCCUUAACGGCCGCGAACUUCCGGUUACGAUGCUGACCAAGUACCUCGUCCUGCUGGUUGCACUCAAGUGUUUCCACAUCCUGCUGUACGUGCGGCUGUCUAACGUCUUCCAGAUGGACAUCCCGAGCUACUUUUCGAUGCUGCGGCUCGCCGCGUUCAUCUACGUGCUCUCGAUGGUGGACUGCCGCCUGCUGUGCAUGCUUUGGCGGGACCUGAACUGGAAGAACACCUUCACCAUUUGGGUGGUGUUCGAGCUCGUUGCGAUGAUGCUGGUGUGCACGUUCUCGUUCAUGCGCUACGUGGUGAACAUGCUCGAUUUCUUCUACGAGAGCGGUUUGAAGAACAAGACGACGCUGCUCUUCUACCUCGAGCUGAUGCACGACGUGAUGAGCCUGCUGUGCUUCACGAUUUUCGUGCUGGUCUUUUACAUCCACAACCCGAACCACAUGCCGGCGUACAUGCUGAUUGACAUCCUCAACGUGCUGAAGAACCUCUCCGAUCGCAUCAGCAUGCUGAUGCACUACCGUAAAGUGGUGAAGUCGCUGGAGUCGCGUUACCCCAAGCCCACCGAGGAGGAGAAGGAGCGCGACGGCAGCUGUAUCAUCUGCCGCGACGACUUCGACGACGACUCGAGGAAGAUCGAGUGCGGCCACGUGUUCCACAUGUCGUGCCUCAAGUCGUGGCUGUUCCAGCACUCCACCUGCCCCACGUGCCGUGCGCCCAUCGAGGAGUACGAGGCACCACGCGCCGAAGACUUCAACAUCUGGCGGCAGGUGUCGGUGAUCGAGAACCAUGUUGUUAACACCAGCCGCCGUCUCUGGAGAGGCGCAAUGCGUCUGCUGGGGCGCGAGCCGCCGCAGGAGGCCCCGGAGUAUGACCCCGCAUCCGUGAAGGAGUACGUCGAGAACUGCGCCAAGAACCUCAAAGAGCCUAUAUUGACCAGAUUGAACGAGGAACGGGUCAUCUGCAAAUUCGCGCUGCCGCCGGCGGAGGAGGGUGAGGCGAGUAGCGAUAUCGAAACCCCAGCGGGAGAGCGUGAGGACAGCAAUCUGGACUUUGGGGACGCGAACACCGGAAAUGACGCGAACCGUGCUACCGGGGAGCUAACUGGAGGCUCCGUAAGUAGCGGUGCAGCGGCUGGCAGCUCCGCUAGUAACCGUGACAUGGUCGAUGUACUUGCUGAUUUAGGCAAGAUGGCCAAGGCACUUGCUGAUAUCAAGCAGUUGACCGAAGCAGCUGCUGCUGUGACUGAGGUUGCCGAAGCUGCAGCAAAUGUCAUUGAUGCAGUGGAACCCCCUGCCGACGGCAAUGAGUCGGCCGAAGUGGCACCCGCCGCAGCCAGUGAAUCAGCAACAACGCCUGAAGAUACCAGCAAGCCAGAAUUAAACAGUGCAAUUGCUGCAACGCCUGGACCUGAGCCAAGCGUUGCUGAGCAAUGCAUGGCUGAAGCUCCACAACCCGACGUAAAGGCCACCAAUGAUGAAACGGGAACGCCCGCCGAUGCCAAUGUUGAUCCCGAAGAACGACAGUCAGGCAGCUUUAACGAGGAAAUUGUUGAAUCUGUUGACCGCAACACGGUUGAUGACGGCACUUCGGAUGUUGAACCUACCCCUAAGGACGAUGCAGAAGGUGAUGUUACAAUCACCAAAGAUAAUAUACACGUUAUCGAUGCGGAGAGUGAUGCUCCAGCCAAACCCACUGGCGGCAGCGAUUCGCAUUCAGAUGGCGGUAUUUCAAAGCCAACCCCGCAAAACGAUGACGCUGAUGGAAGUGAUGCUUUGGAUCGCCCGAACGUAAACGACACGGUUGACGAAAGCAACGAGGUUCUGCCUGUUGCACAGGAUGGCGUGCCAACUGCCCAUGACGAUGAAGACGAUGACGACAUUUUCGUAGAUGCUUGCGAGGAGUUCGUCGAAUCACCCGCGGAGCCGGCGGAGCCCCCUGCAGAGACCACCAAACCGACCGAUACAGAACGCGACAUGGUUAAGUAUAUCAAUGAAUGCGUUCGAGCGUUCAGUGGCGAAAUAGUAGGGGAGACUGGCGAUCAAGAAGAGGCUGACGAGGUUAUGGAAGGCGGCCCUUUGAACGACCUGAAGCGGGAUGAUGAAAGGGAUGAAAUUGCCAAUGCUGAAUCGCCCCAGUUGGAGGAAGCAAGCUUUGUGUUGGUUGAACCUGAUUAUGAGGAUGGCUCCCACAACGAGCGCGUAGUGAUGCGCAGAGAUAAUGCGGCUCAAUCAGCACCCAGAUCAGUUUCAAGGCAGAUACAGUCGCGGUGCGGCUCUAUAACUAAUAUCUUCCAUCGCAGGUCCACAUCGCAAUCCAUAGACGAAGCGAGAAACAACGAGGAUGGAGAAUUCGACCCAUUUUGGACUAAUACUGUGUAUCAGCGACAGGCCCAAUCAGGGUCAUCCAAAAGCAAGAAGAAUUUCUUCAGUUCCUUGUUCCGUAAGAAAGGAUCUAAAACAAUGGAUAAUGCGACGCGUGUUGAGGAGGUACGUCCUGACACCGGAGGACCGACUAAAUCGAAUUCGUCCUCCUGGAGUAAGGAUGUGAAAUGGCCGAAACCCAUUGCGUCUUAUUUCAAACGCCUUAAGCUGCCUGACGCAAUAUCGGAGAAAGUGAGUGAGCUUCGCAAUUCUGCGAAAAAGAAGUCAGCGUCCUUCGAUUCCAAAGAUAAGGCCACCGCAGCACCAGUUAGAAAGGCCCCUCCCACGCCAGUUCGUGCCGCUCAACCGACGCCCUUUCCUCGCUUCGAACCAUCCGACCCCAAGCGUUCGCUCAGCGAUCACAGCAGUAGCAAUACCUCCAACGAUGAUGACUCCGAUGUUGACAGGAGGAACGCUGAGGAUGAGUACCGUGGUCGCCUAUACGCCAACGAUAGCGAAGUAUACGAACCUAGAAGACGCUAUGAUGAUGAGGAUGAACGUCGUCGGCACUCCGACGACAGUGAUUCCCAUGGCGAUAGCAGGAAGUCUGGUGAUGAUUAUCGUAACCGUCGAUACUCCAUUGAUAGCGAACCCCACGUAGUUACACGUUACUCUGGUGAUGAGGAGGAUAAGAGUCGUCAGAAUUCCGUUGAUAGCGACGCCUAUGAGCCUAGAAAGGACUCCGAUGAGGAGGAUAAGAGUCGUCAGAAUUCCAUUGAUAGCGACGCCUACGAGCCUAGAAAGGACUCCGAUGAGGAGGACGGGAGUCGUCAGAAUUCCUUUGAUAUCGAGUCCUAUAAGGUGAAAAGGCACCCUGACAGUGAACGCGGCAGCCGUCGAAGCUCUGGCGAUUCCGACUCCUACCCUCUUAGUGAUCAGAAUUCUGAUGAUGAUGAAGAUGAUAGGGAGGAAAAGUCCAGCGAUGAUGAAUCUUAUGCAAUUAGCGGAAAGGAUUCUGAUUUGGUAAAUGACAAUGCGCAAAGCUCCAAAUACGACAGCUUCGGGCCUUUGAUUAAACUGAGUUCUUCAAGCGCCUCCAGUGCGGUAGAUGGCGACGUGCACAGUGGGUCUGAGGCGGCAGCAGGGAUGGCUUCAGAUGUUGAUGCUUACAACAUGUUGGAUUCCGAUAGCGAAUGGGAUCCUUUCGUGGAAAGGGUCGUCACCAUGCCUCCUGAGUCUGAUAACUACUCGGAUUUUGAAAUGGAACCCACUGAGGUUGUAGAAGGGAAGCUAAUCGAUCUGGUUGAGAGUAGCCAUGAUUCGAUGGCUGAUAGUGAUCACAUGUCAGAGGAUGAGAUGUCUGAUGAGAACCCGGUAACAGAAUCAGCAGAACUAGCUGUCCAUGAAAUUGUGACUGCACCAGUGGAGAGCGACUUGGAAACUGACCGAUCAGCAGAAUUGCCAGUGAGAGAACCAGGAGAGCCUACUGCUCAUGAACUAGUGACUGAGCAGGUGGAGAGUUACUUGGAAACAGAGAGGUCUGAUGAGAGCCCUAUCACGCAUUCUCCAGAGCUUACCGCCACAGCAGACGUUAGUGUUGCUGUGGAUAAUGCUUCGGAAGACGAAAUGGCGGCUGAUGUUCCCAUUGAACCUUCACCACAAUCCACUAUCAACGAACCAGUGACUGUGGCUGCGGAGGGCGAUAUGGAAAAUGAGGUAUCAGCUGAGAGCCCAGUAUCACAUUCGUCAGAGCGCAUUGCCACUGCAGAGGAGAUUGCCUUUGAAGAUAGCGGUUAUGAAACCGAGACUGUACAUUAUGCUCCCGAGGAGUCUUCAACAGAACCUGCCAUCAACGAAGCAAUGCCUGCUCUUGCAGAGAGCGCUUAUGAAGAUGAGAAUGUGGAUGAGAUUCACGUGACAGAAUCUUCAGAACCAACCGUCAUUGAAACAGAGGUUCCCGAAAUGGUUAGUGAUUCGGAGCAUGGCAGAAUUGAGACUCCUUCCUCACCUCCACUAGAAACGACGGCGGAUGAUGAAGUUAGUCCUGACACCAAUGAUGAACCAGAACCUGAGAGCUCUGCAAUGGUGCCAUAUCAGCUUCCGCAACCACCUGCCGUCAAUACGCAGCUAGUUUCAGCGGUCGAGAGGGACUUGGAAGUUGCCAUGGUCGGAGUGGAGCAUAUAGUGGACGGCACGGUGUUGAACGUUCAGCGAAUCGUUGAACAGACCGUUUUUAACAUGAGGGUUAUUGUUGAGAACACCGUCGCGAACGUGCAGAACACUGUGGAAAGCGCUUCGAUGGAGGUUGGCGCCAGGGUGGAACGGAAUGAGGACCCAAGAAUAGACGAGGUGGAAAUGCAAGUUGAGAGGAGCGUGAACGCCGCAGUUGCUCAAGCAGAGUCGCUGGUUGAAUUAACAGUGGAUGCCGCCGUGGCCAACGUUAGGAGAACCGUAAAUGCAGCCGUUCAUAAUGUAGAAAGCCUGGUCACUCGUACAGUUGACGUAGCGAUUGCCACUGCGCUUGGGCUGCCGCCGCUUCCAUCAGCUGCUGCAGCCAUCAGUCGGAUUAUACUCGUCCGUCGUUCUGAUAGUGAGGAUUCGGCGGAUACACGAGUCCCUCCAAAUGAAGACAACCUUGGUAGCGACCUGUCAGAUUACCCCGACGAUUUGGUGUAUGAGGAUAUGUCCGACUUUAAUUUCAGCAUGAACCCAAGUGAUGUUACAGAGAUGCCGACAAUUGAUGAAGCUAUUGGUGCAGAACCUAUCGAACGAGUUGUUGGCCUCGCUGCUGUUACAUACCUGCAUGCUCCAAUAGAGCAUGCAUUUGUUGACGCAGUUUCUGGUGAACCUGUGGUUCAUGACACUACAGCGUCAUACGCUGCUACUGAACGAGUCGACUCUGCUGUUGUGACACACGUUGAAGAACCAGAUGUAGGUGCGAGUGCGCGUACCUAUGUUGAAAGUGCAAGCAUUCAACAAGUUACUGAUGCUACCGCUACAGAGGCAAACGUCCAUUACACUAUUACGGAUCUAGUAGACGAAACUGUCGACGAAACCGUUGCCGACGGGUCGGCAGGACAGAUCGUUGAGAUAGCUGCGGUCGAUGACGUUGAAAGCCUAAUCACUGAGGAGCCUGUUGUAGCGUAUUCGGAAGACUCAUCCAUGAGGGAAACUACAAUUACCGAAGUCAACCUUGAGGUCACUGAGGAGGCGGUUGAUACGAUCCCCUCCGAACUGAUGGUUCAGGAAGAUGCCAUCACGGAAACGGUCUAUGCAACUACUGUGAAACGCGUUGAAUCAGAUGAUUCAGCUAACGCUGACGACGAGUGCACGGACACUGACGGUCACUUUUCAAGCUCUGAGGACGAUGUUGUAUCAGAUUCACCUGACCCCGUUGUGGAUGAAAUUUCGGCCGCAGACGCGAAUGCAGAAACAGUUGUUGAAAAUACAAACGUGUCUACAGAUGUAGCUAUGGGAAUUGUUGAGAACGACGUUGCAGUGGAUUCCCCAGCCAAUGUUGAAGAUGAGGAUGUUGAUUCUCAAGCCAAUGUUGAAGAUGAGGAUGUUGAUUCUCAAGCCAAUGUUGACGAUGAGGGUGUGGAUGGUCAUACCCCAAGUAUUAAUGAAGCUGUUGAUGAGUCCUCUUCAGAAUCGAGCGUAGAUGACUCCAGUCUAACGGCAGAGGCCACGGAGACAAGAGAGGAACCUGUGCUACCAGACUCCGUCGAACAAGAUGUUGAUCAGAUUGCUCAUACGCAGGCCGAUACUCCAAUAGAGGAUGAACAUGUUGCUGCAGACGCAUCAGAACAAGAUUCAGCCGUUGAUACGCAUGCAGAAACAACCAUUGCAACAAUUGAUCAGGCUAUUGAUGGUGGCUCAACAGAACAGGCCCUGGAUGAGGCUGUGGCUACAGAAACAGACAGCCCAACCGUUCAGGAAGACGUUUGUGAGUCUCCAGAGGAAACUACAUAUAUGGACACGUAUAUUCCAACCACUGAGUAUGCCAUUGAUGAGGCCUCCGCAGAAACGGUCAUGGACGAAACUUCGGGCACAGAAGCAGAUAAUGAAUCAGUCGUCGAAACUACGGACACAACCAUCGACAUGACUACGGAGGAUGUCUAUGAGACUGCUGUUGCAGUUCCAGCUGAACCUGUCGUUGCAGACUCCACUGUUGAGGAUGCAGUCACGGAGACGACUGAGGAUUUCGUUGAUGAAGUUCCAUCUGAACGAUUCGUUGAAGAAUCUACUGAAAUAGUUGAGGUCUCUCCUGAUACCGACCUUAUUGAUCUAGGUGAUGAUGUUGUUGAUUCGGCCCCCUCAGAAUCAUAUGAGGAAGAACCUAAUGAAACAGUUGAGGUCUCUGCUGAUACCGACCUUAUUGAUUUAGGUGAUGAUGACGUUGACGUUAGAGACCUCGACAUUCCGAUCAAUGAGGAGGCUGUUGAUUCAGAUCCAUCUGACUUCGUAGUGGAUGAGACUCCCGUUACAGAUGCUGACGAUCAAAUAGUCCAGGAUGCGAUUCCGGACACUACCGAGGAACACUUUGCAGAUGAAGCUACUGUAAUUGAUGUUGCCGCCGACACCACUGAUGAAUGCGUUGGAGAAGUGUCCGAGGAACAGUUCGUAGAUGAGGCCACUGUAAUUGAUGUUGCCAAUAAUAUCGUUGAAGACUGCGUUAGAGAAGUGUCCGAGGAACAGGUCCUAGAUGAUUCAGCGGCUGAGGAAGUGGACGGCCCAAUCACGGAAGAGGCUGUUGGAGAGAGGUCCGAAGAGCAUAUCUUUGAUGAAGCUACUGGUAUGGAUACGGAAAUAAUUGACGCAGCGAUUGAGGGUGCUACUGAGUCCGACUCCGCAGAACCCACAGUGGAGGAAACCGCUGUUACAGAGAUCUCUUCUUAUGAAAACGAGGAGCAGGUCGAUCUGGAUUCUGUUGAGCCAGCAGUUGAAGAGGCUGCUGGUACUACAAUCGAUGAAGUUGUUGACACGGAUUCCGCAGAACCCACUGUGGCAGAAACCACUACCACGGAGGUAGAUGCUGAGGCAACUGAUGCUGUUGUUGACACGGAUUCUGUUGAGCCAGCAGUUGAAGAGGCUGCUGGUACUACAAUCGAUGAAGUUGUUGACACGGAUUCCGCAGAACCCACUGUGGCAGAAACCACUACCACGGAGGUAGAUGCUGAGGCAACUGAUGCUGUUGUUGACACGGAUUCUGUUGAGCCAGCAGUUGAAGAGGCUGCUGGUACUACAAUCGAUGAAGUUGUUGACACGGAUUCCGCAGAAGUCACAGUGGCGGAAACCACUACCACGGAGGUAGAUGCUGAGGCAACUGAUGCUGUUGUUGACACGGAUUCUGUUGAGCCAGCAGUUGAAGAGGCUACUACUACCACGGAGGUAGAUGCUGAGGCAACUGAUGAAGCUGUUGAUAGGGAUUCCGAAGAACCGGUGGUUCGUGAAGAUGGUGUCACGCAGGUAGAUAAUGCACCAACUGAGGGAUCCGUUGCAGCAGAUUCCACAGAGCCAGCAGUCGGCCAAAGUUCAGGCACAAAUGGUGGUAACCCUAGCACUGAUGGAGCUAGAGCCCCGGAAGAUAACGAUGGCGACGAUGACGAACCUGAGCCAGACGUGCCCACUUAUUGCCGCCGACUUAUGUUACCGCCGUGGUUGAGGGAGAGUCGCAACCGUGGAAGUGACCCCGAUGUUAAGGCUAAGUCUGGUAUGCUGAAAUUGCUGCGAAAACUGAAGUACAUCAGGGAAAGAUUGACGGCAUUUGCGAGCCCGCAGCGCAACCAGACUCCGCCGGCCAUAUCGGAAGAUGAGGCCGCUGAGAACAGCGAGGAGCAAAAUGGCGCUGCCGAUGUUCCCGUAAGUUCCCAGAGCGUGCCAGAGGCAGUUGAGACUAACGUUACGGCAAACGACGAUGCUGAAACCGCCGUCAACCAGGAAAGUGCGGCACCGGAAGAUGAGUCCAACGUUGUCACAACUGACGGUGACAACUUCCCCAAUGAGAACGUAGCACCCCCUGUGAAUGUAGUAUCCGGUGAAGAUGACGUUAAAAAGCCGUCGGCGGAAGAACUGGCACGCAUUAGGCGCAUAAGGAUGGCUAAGUUAUCGAGGGAAUUCGAGGAUGACGACAGUUCAGGAGCGCCUGAAGGUGACGCAGACAAGGAUGCCGCAGUCACUGCGGAGUCCACAACCCCAGAAGUACCUCCUGUUGGAAACGAUAACGAUGCUGUUCAGGUGGCUGAUGGUGAUGAUGUGGUACUUCCAGAUCCGACUGUUACUGACAGUUCGUCUGCCAGCGAUGUUGGAGAAGGCACCAGCAGCGUGUCCGCUGGCGAGCCGGCGGCCGCUGAGAUCGUGCUCGUAGAAUCCUCCGACGUUCCGGAGCAACCCGAGCCUGCUGAGUCUAAUUCGGGGUCCAUUGUACCGGUGAAUGCCACGCAGUCGUCAGACAUCGUCGUGGCCAAUGUCGACAACACUAUUUCGAGUACCACAAACGCUAUCGUAAGCCUUGCAUCCGGCUUGGCCAACAUGACUCCCAACGACAUGUGGAAUCUGAGCAACAUCGCCUCUACCUAUCGACGUCGCAUGGCGUCGAGUGCACGCGGCGGGCGUCGUGGAGCACGGCCGAGGAGCAACAUGGAGGCCGUCAACACCCUGCUCACGGAGUUCCAGUUCAUCGAGGAGCACAGCGACUGCGACAUUCUGUUCCCCGACGACGACGCAAUGAACGACCGUUUGCUGUCGCAGCUAUCGUCGUCAAACCUGCCCAGCUACAAGCGCGACUUUUUCCUGGCGUACUGCAAGAUGAUUCGCAUGUGGCAUCUGACUGCCAACGGUCUAUCUAGGGCUGACGGCGUCUACAAGACUGUUUUUGAGACGGCGAACGCCUCACGUGCGUCGGCCGUCACGAACCGGCGCCAACGCGGGCUCAAUUCUGACAUUUGGAACAGCCUCAGCUGCUACAGCGUCUCACCGGAUAGGAUCAAAGAGCUGCACAACCAGUACAUCAAGCGUUCCUUCAACUACCAGGAUGGCGUCUGGCGUAUGCACGGCUCGCCAGUUCCGGUGGAUGUGAUCGAGGACAUGGUGAGCUCUAUGGCUCUGAUGGACGCGAUAAUCAAGUCCGAGAUAGAAAAGGUAGAAAGUUAG